CCAAAAUCUUCCCGCCAUCUCUCGCCGUCUACAUUGGGGUUUCAGAUUAGGGCACUUGCCCAGGUCAGAGCUCAACCCCACUGUUCGUGACCUCCUAGAGAGAGAGAGAGGAAUGGGGAUACAGGGGCUUUUGCCCCUCUUGAAAUCAAUAAUGGUCCCAACCCACAUCAAGGAUCUAGAGGGCUGUUCGGUCGCCGUCGACACCUAUUCUUGGCUCCACAAAGGCGCCCUUUCUUGCAGCAAAGACCUCUGCAAGGGUCAACCCACCUCCAAGCACAUUGACUACUGUAUGCACAGAGUAAACUUGCUGCGGCAUUAUGGUGUUAGACCUAUUCUUGUCUUUGAUGGAGGUCUUCUACCAAUGAAGAGUGAACAAGAGAUCAAGCGUGCAAGGGCAAGGAAGGAAAAUCUUGCACGUGCUAUUGGGCAUGAAACAAAUGGAAAUAAUGCUGCGGCUUAUGAUUGCUAUCAGAAGGCUGUUGAUAUCUCUCCUUCAGUGGCGUAUGCACUAAUCCAGGUCUUAAAGCAGCAGAAUGUAUACUAUGUUGUGGCUCCUUAUGAGGCAGAUGCACAGAUGACAUUUCUGGCAGUCAGCAAGCAGGUUGAUGCAGUUAUAACUGAGGACUCAGACCUAAUUGCUUUUGGUUGUCCAAGAAUCAUCUACAAGAUGGACAAGUUUGGGCAAGGUGUUGAGUUUCGAUACUCCAAGCUGCCACAGAACAAGGAACUAAAUUUUACAGGAUUUACUAAACAGAUGCUUCUUGAGAUGUGUAUUCUCAGUGGCUGUGACUAUUUGCUGUCUCUGCCUGGAAUGGGCUUGAAAAAGGCUCAUGCACUCAUGAAGAAGUUUGGAAGUUAUGACAAGGUAAUCAAGCAUUUAAAAUACAGCACAGUUGCUGUGCCUCCAAGCUAUGAAGACUCUUUUAGAAAAGCUAUGAUGACUUUUCAGCAUCAACGAGUCUAUGACCCUAUGGUUGAAGAUAUUGCACAUUUAUCUGACCUACCUGACGAUGUCGGCGAUGAUUUAGACUUCUUAGGUCCAGCCAUGCCUCAACAUAUAGCGAUAGGUGUAGCAAAAGGGGAUCUCGAUCCUUUCACUAAAAUGCCAUUUGAGGAAGUGAACAAUGAUGGUGCUGGUUUGGUUGUUGAUGGAACUUCCAAACAAAAAGUUUUCAAACCUGAAGGUGAAAGGAGAAAGCUAGAUUUGCCCGCUCAGAAAAAUCUCCUGACCAACUAUUUUUGUUUUGCAUCACUUGAAGCAAAGAGGAGAUUUAGGGUCCCUCGGAGUAAUUCUAAGCAUCCAAAUCCACCAAAUGAAAAUUCAAGUACCACGGAACAGGUUACUGAGGAAGCUGCUGCUUGUGAAACAGACUGCUCACCCACCUCCCUGUUUGACGACUUCAGAUAUCUAGGCAAUGCCACUCCUCCAGAAGGCUAUGUUAACAUUAGUGAUGGGACAAAAUCUCCUGAAAGGUGUGAAUCCCCAAGUCACGGACUACAUGGGAAAGAAGAUACAUUGGUUGACAACAGAAGACCACAGGAUCCUUUGUUACAACAGUCCAGGCAUUCAGUUCAUAAACCUUGUUCUACAUUGCAUAAGAACCAUGACAGGAAGCCUGUCUCAGAUGCUGGCGAGGGCAAAACGAGAAAGGAGAACAUCAAGAACAUCAUGAGGAGUUCAUAUUUUCAGUAUAAGGUGACGAAGGGAGAUGAUGAAGAGAAUGACAAGGAGGAUGUUCUGACGGAUGAGUGUGAGGAUAUGACUCCUGAGCAUGAAUGCAAGUCUGCUUCAGAUGCAGGCAAUGCUAAAACUAGAGUAGAGAACAGAAAAACUUUCACAAGGAGUCCUUAUUUUCUUCAUAAACCAGUGAAUGAAAAUAACAAUGACAAAGGACAUGAGAAAAUUGUAAAGGAUGAUCUUGCGGCUCGUACAUGUGACUAUGCCAUACAUGAGAGUGCUUCUUCGGGCUAUUUUAACAGCUCAAGCAUGAAAAGGAAGGUUGCCCCUGUUGGGAGUGCUCAAAUGGAAAGCACGAAUAGUAAGUUCAUUCGGACUAAUGAUUCUCUGCCGACUCAAGGUAGAAUCAUUUUCACCCCUGAAGAUACAAUUACAGAGACAGAGGCUGCAGGGGGGAAGUUUGGAUGCAAUAUCUCUCACUUGGAAAAUUAUUCUGACAUAGCAGAUAAAUCAAUUGAAAGGUUUGUUUCUGUAAUAUCAUCAUUCAGGUGCCCCUCAUCUGGUUCUCGUGCCAGUGGUCUUCGUGCCCCUCUGAAAGAUGUACGAAACACGUGUACUAUUAGGUUGAAUAGUGCUGUGGAUUUUGGUGACUUCGCCUAUGUGCCAACUAAAAGGAAGACCUCCUCAGUACAUCGCCGAGGAUAGAUUCAGUAAAUAUUUAAGCCUAAGUAUGUUGUAGCCUGCAGGGCAUCAAUUUGUGUGUUCGAAUUCUUUGCAGCAUUGCAUCAAUUUUCGACCAUUCUUUCAGAAACUGUAGAGCUCAUUACAACAGAGGAAUCAUUUUGAGGGAUCAAGGCCUUUGAUUAUGCUUCCACAUGUAUGAUUCAUGCACUUCAUGUCAUAAGCUUGUAAGUUGCGAUAUAACAGUAUCUUGUGGUGUAUUCAACUAUUUGGAACUUCUGGAUGAUGGACUAAUCUCUCUGUACCUGUUACUUUUUUUUUUGUUGUUGUCAAAGUACCUGUUACUCUUUAUGUAAUCUACUUGCUUAAUUUUACCGUGCUCA